UGCUGCUGAUGACAGACUGCGCGUCGCACUCGCCGGGUCGCUGGUGCAGCCUUUCAACUACCCAUGCAUGCUUCACACAGCUUCACUGAAACCGCCUGCAACACAUCCGUGGAAGGAUUUAAUGUUACUUUCGCACUGGAAUAACUUUCUUUCCCUUUUUUGCGCCUUUUGGGUCGAUUUUGCCCCGUCUUCUUCCGCCGACUGUUUAAAAUCUGAAAGCUUCACAAUAAGGAAAAAGAGACAAAAUGCCGCUGAAUUCAAGUUUGGCGAGUAAAAACUAUGACUACGACUACGACUCUCUUCAACCGUAUUUCUACUAUGACAACGAGGAGGAGGAUUUCUACCCUCAGCAGCUUCAGCCUCCGGCACCGAGCGAAGACAUCUGGAAGAAAUUUGAACUGCUGCCGACCCCUCCCCUCUCUCCGAGCCGCCGGCCGUCCCUGUCAAGCCUCUUCCCCUCCACGGCGGAUCAGCUGGAGAUGGUGACCGAGUUCCUGGGCGACGACGUGGUCAAUCAGAGCAUCAUCUGCGACGCAGACUACUCCCAGACCUUCCUCAAGUCCAUCAUCAUCCAGGACUGCAUGUGGAGCGGUUUCUCCGCCGCCGCCAAGCUGGAGAAGGUGGUCUCGGAGCGGCUCGCCUCCCUUCACGCUGCGCGGAAGGAGUCUGCGGAGCCCGCCGGUGCGGCUGCGUGGAGGAUGAACAGCAGCUACCUGCAAGACCUCAACACGUCCGCGUCGGAGUGCAUUGAUCCAUCUGUAGUUUUCCCCUACCCGAUUGCAGAGACGCCCAAGCAGAGCGCAGGGACGCCGCCUAGUAAGGAUUUGGGGCUGGACACGCCACCAAACAGCGGCAGCAGCAGCAGCAGUUGUAGUGACUCAGAAGAUGAGGAUGGAGAUGAUGAUGAAGAGGAGGAGGAGGAGGAAGAGGAAGAAGAGGAGGAGGACCAGGAGGAAGAGGAAGAGAUCGAUGUAGUCACAGUGGAGAAGAGGCAGGCGGUGAAGCGGUGUGACCCCAGCCCAGCAGAGAACAGGCAUCCCAGCCCGCUCGUGCUGAAGAGGUGCCACGUCUCCACCCACCAGCAUAAUUACGCCGCCCAUCCAUCCAUGAGGCACGAGCAGCCGGCUGUCAAGAGGCUGAAGCUGGAGAGCAGCAGCAGUGGAGGCAGCAGCGGCGGCAGUGGAGGAGGCGGCAGCAGCAGCAGCGGCGGCCACAGCAGGGUCCUCAAACAGAUCAGCAGCAACCGCAAGUGUUCGAGCCCGCGGACGUCUGACACAGAGGACUAUGACAAGAGAAGGACUCACAAUGUUCUGGAGCGUCAGAGGAGGAAUGAGCUCAAGUUGAGCUUCUUCGCCCUGCGGGACGAGAUUCCCGAAGUGGCCAACAACGAGAAGGCGGCCAAAGUGGUGAUCCUGAAGAAGGCCACAGAGUGCAUUUACAGCAUGCAGUCGGACGAACAGAGACUCCUCUCAGUCAAAGAACAGCUGAGGAGGAAAAGUGAACUUUUAAAGCAGAGACUCUCACAGCUGCAGAGCUCUCGCGCUUAAAGUUUGAAUCAUCAUAGACUUUUUGGCCUUUUGUUUUUUAUGCAAGUUCAAGACUUAGGGUGUACAGUUGUUGUUGCAUGCAAAUGCAAAGCGGAUUAAGUUGUUUGGAAUCUUGUUUGAUUUCAAUGUUAAAACUGCCUCAAUUGAAGUUAAGGGUGGAUUAAAUAUUUAAAAGUUUAUUUUUAUUAAUAAAAUAUAAAAAAAAUGGGGCUACCCUGUUGAGGGCCCAAACUAAAAUAUAAAUUUUUAUGUUUUGUAUAUAAUUAAUAUUUCCUAAGAAAAUGUAUUUUUGGAUCUCAAUUGUCUGGAUGUUCAGACCCAGUGUUUGGUUUUUUCCAUUAUGUUCCUAGAUUCUUUUUGAAAUAUAAAAAAAUGUUUCUUCCUGAA